AUGUUAUUUAUUAGUCUAUGGUCCCGACAUAACAAUUCUCCACCUAAAACAGAGACAGUUGUCUCUGACUUGAAACUUGAAUUCAAAUGGGCACCUGAAAGUAGGGUAUUGCUUAAUUUAGAAGCUGGAGGAACUGGUGGGAAAGUAAUACUGUUUCAAACUGGACCAAAUAGACCUUGGUUGACUGAGAUUUAUAAAUCUGUACCUCAUCCUAAAGGACAAAGUAUACUAGAAGAAUUAUUUCAAGCGAACGUUAUUCCCUCAGAUGAUGAUUUUAGAAUAUUUAGGGAUUUUGGAGACAUGGUCGGGUUGGAUAUGGCAUUCAUAAAAGAUAGCUACCGAUACCAUAAUAAAUUUGAUGGUUUUCAAAAUAUUCCACUGGGUUCUUAUCAACAUGUAGGUGACAAUGUAAUGGCCCUCAUAGAAAAAAUUGCUAACAAUCCUGAGCUAGCAAAUGACAAUCCAAAAAUCGGGAAAAUGGUGUACUACGAUAUUUUGGGAUUUUUUUUCAUAUCCUACAGUGCUUCAGUAGCCUCUGUCAUGAGUGGGGUUGUAAUAGUAAUAUCAUUGUUGAUAUUUUUGAUCAGUUUAAAGAGGUUUAGUUUAGGUAUUAACUUAAAAACAUUAGGUUACCUGAUAAAAAUCAUAACCGCACCCAUAUGUGGUAUGAUCACAACGCUAAUAACUGUAAUCAUAGGAGUCUAUAUCUUGGAUUCAUUGGGAUAUAGCAUGAGAUGGUACCGUUAUCCCUGGUUAGUAAUUGGAGAUUUCAUAAUUCCAAUUAUUUUAAUUUCCACUCCGUUUUUAUUUCUGGUGAAACCUAAGAACAUUUCUCUCAAUGCCCACUCCUUUUUACAAGCACAAAUAAUCAGAUUAAUAUGGACUUCUCUAUUAUUGGUAGGGACAUUAUUAGGUAUAAGAUCGAUUUAUCCUAUCUUUUUGAUAGUUUUAUUCGAUACUUUGGCUUUUCUUGUAAUACUUUCAUUUCACUUGGAAAAAAAAGUGUGGCUUUGGAAAAUUAUAUAUAUAAUGAUUUCAAUCAUACCAGUAAUCAUCAACAUGGGUACAUUCUAUGAUAUCUUGGGUUUUUUUAUUCCUCUCACUGGGAGGAUGGGAAAUUUUAAAAUGCCCGACAUGAUAAUUGGACUGGGAACAUUAGUUAUAGGAUUCUUAAUCCUCACACCUUACUUUUCCCUGAUUUUAAUCCUCAAGAAACCUACUAAUUUCUAUAAAAUUGUUCUCUGUUUAUAUGGAAUAUGUCUUCUAUCAAUUUUUACACCACUAAGAUUUCCCUAUUCUGGUGAUGUCGAUUCCCCAACUCCUCAGAGAUUCUGGAUACUGCAUAGUCAGCGCAUAAUCCAUGAUGAAAAUGGAGAUAUUGUUAAAAAUGAAUCUGGAUAUUUUUUUAUGAAUAUGGAUAGAAAUUCUCCAAAGAGUGUAAAGGCCUAUGUUGAUGAUUUGAAUAAUGCAGAAGAUAUUGUUGAAGACUGUAGGAAUUUUUUGAUGUGUGGUUUACCCAUAGCGCAUCCAAAAAUGAGUGAUUUUAUUAAAUUCAGCUCAUGGAUUCCUGUUCCUGAGCCCCCAAUUUUACCGAAUCCACAAGUGGAUCUUCUGGUGAAUUCUAAAAUUCGAAUAUCAUCCAAUUUAACUCGUUACAACUUGACAAUUCAUGGCACAGAUCAUUCAAUGUUUUUCGUUUCACCCAAGAAGAACUUUAAGCUUGUCAAUAUGAACUUCUUGGAUGAACUGCCAAAAGAAGAUAAUUUAUGGAAUGGAAGGCCUUACUACUUUUUUGUUUAUACAUGUGGAAAAAAUAUCGAUCCUCUUCAUGCCAUUUUUGAUAUUGAAGGACCAGAUAACUUCGAAGGAUCUACUAUGGACUUUGCAAUUGUAGGAAAUUAUGUUCACCCAAAAAAAUUCACCAAUACUGCCAGUUUCUCGGAAUUCUUAUCUAAAUUUCCUGAUUGGGCCGAUUUGACCACUUGGGUUGCAAUAUAUAGAUCAUGGGUGAUUUAAGAAAAAUGAACUUUAUUUUUGUAAGCUCGAAACUAUUGAUGUUGUUGAUCGAAUUAAAUUCUUAAUUGUUGCAAUA